AUGGCUGAAGUGAUGACCGACAUGAAGUCAACUACUCCGGGGCCCCGCAAGCGCGGUCGUCCCCGAACCGUGACCGACGAUCAGGACUUGCCAGAGAGACGUCGCAAGCAGCUCCGCGUCGCACAGCAAGCUUAUCGCCGGCGCAAAGAAAAUACGAUCAGUAAUUUACAGACGCGGGUACAGGAGAUGGAAGUGGGGAUCGAGGAGAUCAGCCAAUCCUUCCUGUCGUUCAGCAAUCUUCUCAUCCAAAAUGAUUUACUUGCGCGAUAUCCGCGCAUUGCGUCCGCACUCCAAAACAUUACCCGGAAGUGUGUCGCGCUCGCAAAACAGGGAUGUGAUGAAGACGAGACAUCCGAACCAGUCGAACCUACACCUCCUUCAAAGAGCCGCAAGCAAAAUGGCUUGCGAAAUGUCAAUCUCAACUUUGAUAUGGACAAUCUGGACCCGGUUAAUAUGUCGAUGCCGGAUGAGUCCCUACAAUUCCCAUUUAAUACACGCCAGUGGCCCGUGGCGCAACCCUUGACGCCGCCAUAUCAGGAACAGCCGAUACUCCCAUUUGGACUGGUAUUAUCAUCACCGUCCAUGUCAUUGUCUCCUCCACGGCAACAAUUGCCGACACCUCCGGCAACUAUAUCUCCAUCCAGCCUCAUCAAAGAAGAACCUUGGACCCUUUCGCAGCGCAUUGUACGGGAGUGCUGCGAAAGCGGAUACCGGCUCUUGGUGAACCGGCCGGAUAACGAAGCCAAGAUCCAAGAGGUCUUUGGCCAACCGCUCACAUUAUCGGAGCGGAAUCGUCUGAUAUCGACGUUCUACAUGGCCAUGAACGAUGACGUGAUUGACGCGAUCGAGCUCAAGACCAAGGUGCUCAACCCAUUAGAUUUUAAGAGAGAGGAUUUCUCUCCUGAUAUGCUUUUGCGGUCUUCAAGAUCUUGGCAACUUGUUCUUGAUUCAGAACCUGAUGAAUGGUUGGAUGCAAGUGGCGUACAAAAGUUCCUGCAGCAACGGGGCAUUCACAUCGACAACAGCUCCCCGCACUCUACUCCGCGUAUUGAGGCGCCAUCAGAAUUCAACCUCUCGACUUUCUUACAAAGUAAGUUGGAUCAUAUCAUGGCCCUUGACCCGAUCUUGGCUAAUAUGGGGAUAGUUCUAUCUCUUGACUGCAUCUGUGUUGGUCCUGGACCGGUAUUCCGCAGGCAGGCGUUGAGCAAGCAUUACAGUUGGCUACAUCGCAUAAUCCGUGGGACUUUAUGUAUCCAAAGUUCAUGA